AUAUCGGUCCCGAUAACCCAGGGAUGCAAAAAAUCCUAGAAGCGGGCGUUGUUUAAAUAGACAGGUGUUGGCGUCCCUUUUGCUGCAAAUAUAACAAGCACAAGCUCAUCAAUAAAAUGUACACACCUAGGCAGAAAAGUUGUAUCCCUUCAAAAGGCUUUGUCCCUUCUCCACAAACGCCGCUUAGCUUUAGCCGGGAGCUGCGCCAGGUGCUUCAGGAGAGGAAUCUUCUCACAGCUAAGUCUCGCAAGAAAGUUUGCUCUAUGUUGGACAGCAAUAAUAGCAGUCCCAUUGGUUCGCCUAACCCUGAGUCUGGAAAACGACUUGGUUUUCGAUUACAGGCCAUCCAGGAGAUCAUCUCGUCGGAAAAAUCAUAUCUAGAGCAGCUCGAACUUCUUGUCAAUUUUUUUGUGCGACCGUUGAAGGAGCAGGCUAUCAUAGAUAGCUCCAACCACACUCUUCUUUUUGGCCAGAUAGAAAUGAUUUACAAUCUGAAUGGCGAGUUUCUGAAGGAAUUGGAGGCUAACAUGGAAAAUGUGGCUCAAGCAUUCCUUAAAAUGGCUCCAUUUUUUAAGUUGUAUUCGGUUUAUGCAUUUGACUACCGUGGAGCCAUGUUGGCUAUACAGGAUCUAAUAAGUAAGAAUCCAGUGUUUAGAAAGUUUCUGGAGCAGACCGAGAGUCGUCCAGAAGUGCAGCGUAAGCUGAACUCGCUGAUGAUUGUGCCAAUACAGCGAGUGCCUCGGUAUAAGCUGCUUCUUGAGCAGGUUCUGCUGUACACCAGCCCUGCGGAUGCAGACUACAAGCUACUUAAGGAAUCUGUUAAGGAGAUUGAAGCCACAGCUACACAUAUCAAUACUUGCGUGGAGGAGCAGGAGAUCACUCAGUAUCUUAUUCAUUUGCAGAACUCCUUGGUCAAUCGCACUCCUAACAUUGUUAAGCCUUCCCGACGAGUCAUUAAAGAAGGAGUUCUGCAAAAGAUCACCCACAAGGGAACGGAAAUCAAGCGCUAUUGCGUACUAAUGUCAGACAUAUUCAUGUACUGUAAGAUGCUCAAGGAACGGAGCCCGAACACGGUAGUGGAAAACUCCUUAGAGUGCUGCUGCAUUUUCCCUCUGAAAAAGUGCAAAGUUUUUGAGAUGCUGCCUGGUAAUUUUAAGUUGACGUGCCAGAGCGAUGGAAUAAUAUUUGGCAGCGGAGAUGUGCAACUUUCUCGUACUUGGGUGGGUUUUAUUCGAGAUGCAAUUGAUCUGCAUGUUCAGUGCCGUAAGACUUUGCGCAAGGAUUCAAGCAAACGGACUCCGAUUCGCAAGAAGGACAUGAAAAAGUUUGGAACCGAUUACAUACUAAGCCCCAACAAACGCAAAAGCGAUUAUGAGUCUGUUUUUCGCAAUAAAAAUCGCACUACAGAUUCAGAGGAGGAAGCUGAGGAACCUGCGUGCUUUUCGCGCAAGCGCAAGCUUCCUAACACUAUUAUGAAACCUCAAAAUUCAAACCCAAAAGCUGAUAAAUUGAGCAGAUCUUUGACGGCAAAAAACUUGGCAAUUCCAAAACCACCACCACCACCUCCCGUUGCUGUUCAAAUGCGUUAUCCACCGGUAAGUCUGACAGAGUACAAGCAAAAUCGCAUAUCACGGCUAUACAAAAAGAUUGCCACGAGUGAAAAGGAGAGCAAUGUGCGGGGCAUUCUCAAAAGGAACAACGGGCCGGCAAACAAUAACGAUCAUGAUCCCAGCUACGCCUUUUCUAACCGCUUGUCAGAUUCUAAGUCCUACUUUAGAGCUCACAAUGUGGACAAUACCAUACCCACAGUUGUGAGGCGUGAAGAUAUCUUUAACGGGGAGAACUUGUUUCCCGCAAAAUUCCAGACUCCUGCUAACGGGAGGAGCGAAGAGGAUCUUUUCUCACCCCCACAAAAAAAGAGGGUAAAAUUCGAUGACGUGGGACCAAUUUCGACGUUUACCGUCCAAUCAAAUUGUUUCGCAAGCGACGAAGCCCCCAAAACUAAUUCAUUGCGUGACCGGAUCUAUGAUUUUUUUGCUAAUCUAUUCUAGAACUAGAUAACAUAAAUUUAAAUCGUAUAAGGUAUUCAUUGUUUACUCGAU